AUGUCGGAUGAAGGAUUAAUAGAAUUAGUGAAACGGUACUCAGUGUUAUAUGAUAUGAGUUCAGUUCAUUAUCGUGAUCAUAGUAUUCGAAAUAAUGCUUGGGAAGAAAUUGCAGAACAAUUGCAUACUACAGUGGAGAUUUGCAAAGAUCGAUGGGGAAAAUUGAGAAAUUGUUUUACCAAUGCCCUUAAGAGAUACCAUAAGAAGAGUGGCCAAGCCUCAACUAAAAUUGUACCAUGGAAAUACGAAGCACGGAUGGAAUUUUUAAGGUCUCACCUUGAGGGCAGACCAACGACCACAAACUUGUCUGAUGUAACUGACGAUUCAACACAAGAGUUGCAAUUCUCAAAUGAAACCGAAUCAUCUCGUUUUAAUGCAACUCCUGGUCCAAGCUCUUUUACUGUCAGGACACCGACACCAAGCUCUUCUUCUGUAAGGACUCCGACUCCAACCUCUUCAUCAAAUCGAAAUAAGAAAGGAAAUGAAGACAAUGUUGUGGCAGAGAUGGUUAAUGUUAUUAAAUCUUCUCAAGAAGCGCGACAAAAGAGAAUAUCAGAGAUGGAUUCAACAGAUUAUUUCGUCCUGUCCAUGAGUAAACAAUUAAAAAAAUUACCUGAGAUGGACAAAGUUAAUAUUCAGUUUCAAAUGCAUAAACGUAUACAUGAUGCCGAAAUUAAUAUGUUAAAAACACGCGAACAACUAUUGAGGACGCCGCUACGUGUGAUUCGGAACCAAACAAUACAAUAUCCAAAUACUUCGCAUCUAAAUACAAAAAACACUGUAACAUCAAAAACCCAAUUUUAUGAAACGAAUAAUCAAAAUGUGAGUAACAAUGUAGUACUUUCCGAAACAGCUCGAACAUUGAAUAAUAAUACCAAUUUUUUUGUAACGAAUCAUCAAGAUGUAAGUGACAAUGUAGCACAUUAUGAAGAAGUUGAAAACGAAAGUGACGAAACAAGUCUGAGAGAAGAUUAUAUUAAUUAUAAUAAUAAUGAAUAG